CCUCCCUCCUCCCUCCCCCCGCAGUGAGUGUACGUGCGGGCGGACAGGCUGUCAUGGCGGACUCUCUCUGAGCAGUUUCCUCAUUCCUCUGAGCUCAGACUGGAGAGAGAGAGAGAGAGUCCGGAUCAGAAGAGUCCGCGUUCAGGAUCAGUGAGUCAGCAGCAGCAUGAGGAUGCCGUCAUCAGUGGCGGAGGCAGCAGGCGGCCUGAAGCAGUGCCAGCAGGCUCAGGGCCAGCUGGAGGACGCCAUCAACACUGUGAUGAAGGCGGAGCAGCAGCUGAGAGAGAACGCCAGAGAGGUGCGCACGGAGCUGCAGAGCUGUGUGAGUCGUCAGCAGGAGGCGCUGCGCUGCAGAGAGGUUUGGCUGCUUGGUCAGAUCGAGCUGCUGGAACAACUGAAGACUGAGACUCUGCAGCAGCAGCUGCACCAACUGCACUGGCUCCGAGGUCAGUUUGAUGUCAUCGCUCAUCAGCUGCAGAAUAACAACAGUAACGACGUGAGCAACCAGCUGACCGUCUGCAUGGAGAAGUUGUCGUCGCUGAGUCUGACUCCAGAGGAAACACCUGAGAUGAGUUUCCACGCCGACACUCGCUCUCUGAGGCAGGCCAUCACCUCGUUUGGCAGCAUUACCGCACAGCUUGUGGAGGGUGUGUCCUCUCAGAGCCCCGCCCCUCAGAGAGCUCAGGUGCAGAGCUGUCCAAUCACAGCCAAGAAACAGAAGGUGGAGGUCUCUGCUCUGAGUGACUGGCUGCUGGGAACUCAUCCAACCAGCAGCUCACCUAUUGGCUACCAAUCCAGCAAGAACCCUCAGGAUUGGCUGAUGUCACACAAGGAAAGCAAGGAUUCCUGUCCUGUCCUGGCCUCGGUGGACUUCCUGCAGGCCUGGGGUCAGCUCAGGGACCUGGAGGCGUGGCUGCUGCAGGACCAGAUCUUGGUCAGAGAGAGGAGCAGCAGCUGUAGCUCCUCCUUCUCCAUUGAGAAGAUCGACGAAUCAGAGUUCACCGUCUCCCCCGAGGAGGAGGAGGAGGAGCUGAGCGACUGGCUCAUCACCCCACCCACCGCCGCCAUGGAGACGGCAUCUGACGCUGAGCGGUGGCGUCAGGUGUUGAAGCCAUUUGAGGACGGCUGGGCGUGCAGUGAUUGGCUGGUGGGCUCGAGCCGCCCGGCCGACUGCUCCUCCUGCUGCCAGACCAGCCGGGCCGUGGAGAUCGAGAACCUGGGUCAGCUCAAGUGCCUGAAGACCCCGCCCGCCUCCAGCCCCGCGGCCCCCCCGGCGGCGGCCCUGGAGGCGUGGCUGCAGCAGGUGGUGCCGGUGCAGCAGACCUGCAGAGCCAAUGAACCGUGCUCGUCAUACGCCGACUGCGUCUGUGAGGAGAACUGUGGCAGAGAAGCUCUGAGCCUCUGGCUGCUGCAGCAGGACGGACGAGACAAGAACGGAGUCCCUGUGGCCAGGACUGGCCCCCCCUCAGACCAGACCAGCUCCCCCACCCUGAAAACAGCCCCACCCACCCUGUACCACAGAGAGCAGGAGCAGAAGGUUCAGGCCAUCCUGGAGGCCUGGCUCCACCCCAACACCUCCUCCUCCUCCCUCUCUGCCUGGGUGGCUCCUGAGGAGGAGAAGGCCAGCAGGGAGGACCACAGCUCCCAGUUCAAGCCUCCCUCCUCCUGCUCCCCAUUCCAGCGUCCUUUGGAUCCAGAUCUCUGGGUUGUCCCAGCAAAAAGUCUGACUCCUGCUCUGGGGUCAGGAGGUCAGCCCCACCCCACUGAGGAGGAGGACAAGUGGCUGCUGAAGAAGAGGAGUCAGGCUCAGGAGCGUCUGGUCUUACCUGUUGUCUGUGACCUGUUCUCCUGUAUGAAGAUGAGCGGAGACAAAGAAAAAUGGCUGCACAAAGCACCUGUACAGAUGUGACGACAAUGUUUCUUCUUCUUCUCUUCACUUCAUCGCUGAUCAGCGCACACGACCACAAUCUGACCAUCGCCUUCUACUUCCUGUGACAUCACCACGCUCUCCUCCAAUCAGGAUCCAGCUCAGACACUGAGACUGAGCAGGAGGUGGAGCUGUGUCUCCUGGUCUUCAUCUGGGGGAUCAGACUGUGCUGAUCAGUUAUUGAUCAUCAGCUGAUCGAUUGACAAUAAUCUGCUUUAAGCUUUCAGCCGUUUAACUGAUCACUUAUUAAUCACUUAUUGAUUAGUUAUUGUAACCUUUAUUUAACCUUGAUCAGCUGAUGUUUGGAGUUUGUCGUCAGCUGAUCCUGACAGGAGGAGAGGGGGUGGGGCUAAGUGGUGGUGGGCGGAGUUAAAGUUAGAUGAUAUAAAGUUUAUUUUAAAGGAUCUGAUUUGAUUUUAUUUCAUCAGCUGUUUUUAUCAGAUGUUUCUUUUCUGCUUCCUGUGAAGCUGCUGACGCCUCAAAUCCACUUCCUGUCUGUCCUGAACCGGUCCACAUCAGGUCCAGGUCCUGACUCGGUCCUGACUGCAGGCUGCUGAGCAUUACUUUAAAUAUGUUUCCAUGACGACGGCGGGUCUCUGUGACGCAGCGUCUGAUUGGUGGAGCUAAUCGUAUCAUUUCCCAGGAUGCUUUGUGUGGAGGCAGCCUGCAGUCUGUAAGCAGACAGGUCACAUGACUCUGUCAUCAGCUGUGAUUGGUGCUUUUUAUUGAAGCUCUGCGGGGUGGGGGGUGGCUGUGAUGUCAUCAGUUCUCUCCUGCUGUGAUUCUCUACAGUAAUAAAACAUUAUGACAUCAUCA